AUGAAGGUACUCUUCCUGCUGCUGCUUCUCCUCGUGGUGUCCCACGCUGCUGCAGUGCCAGACACUGUGAUGUGUCGGAAGACCAAGGGCAAGUGUUCAUUCCUGUUGUGUCCCUUGUUUAAGAGAGCCACCGGUACCUGCUACAAUGGACUGGCAAAGUGCUGCAGGCCCUUAUGGUGA